GGCCGGAACGGCCAUCUUCCAGUAAUUCGCCAAAAUGAUCAACACAAAGGGAAAGAGGAGGGGCACCCGCUACAUGUUCUCUAGGCCUUUUAGAAAACAUGAAGUUGCUCCUUUGGCCACAUGCAUGCGAAUCCAUAAGAAAGGUGAUAUUGUAGAUAUCAAGGGAAUGGGCACUGUUCAAAAAGGAAUGCCCCACAAACGUUACCAUGGCAAAACUGGGAGAGUCUACAAUGUUACCCAGCAUGCUGUUGGCAUCAUUGUAAACAAACAAGUUAAGGGCAAGAUUCUUGCCAAGAGAAUUAAUGUGCAUAUUGAGCAUAUUAAGCACUCUAAGAGGCGAGAUAGCUUCCUGAAAUGGGUGAAGGAAAAUGAUCAGAAAAAGAAGGAAGCCAAAGAGAAAGGUACUUGGGUUCAACUGGAGCACCAGCCUGCGCCACCCAGAGAAGCACACUUCGUGAGAACUGAUGGAAAGGAGCCUGAACUGUUGGAGCCCAUUCCCUAUGAAUUCAUGGCAUGAUGGGUGUAAAGAAAAUAAAAGACCUGGACUGUGAAAAAAAAACAAAAAACCCAGCCUAGAAAAUUAUCAACUCAUGGCUAAUCCUGUGAGAACCAUGGACUUUAGAGCCAGAUGACAGAUCCAGAGUAUGAACUUUACAGUACAAGACAAAUAGGAUUAAUCCUACUGAGGCUGCAGGAUCCAAGUUUCUGCAC